AUGAGGCUUCUAGAGAACAGUAUGAGUGGAAUAGAAACAUCAUCUAUAAAAGACUUUAGUGAGUGGAUUUUUAAAAUAGGUAAUGGUGAAUUGGGAGAAGGAGAUGGGGAUUACAACAUUUCAAUUCCAAGUGAUUUGAUUAUCCAACCUUUAGAGAAUCCAAUGCAAGAUAUUAUUGACAACACAUAUCCAGGUUUGGAAAAUAAAUACAUAGAUCCAAGUUACCUACACGAUAGGGCAAUUCUUGCUCCUACAAAUGAAGUUGUAGAGGAACUAAAUGACUAUAUUGUGUCAUCCUUAAAUGGAGAAGUUCAUGAAUAUCUAAGUUCAGAUUCUAUAUGCAAGGCUUCUUCAAAUGUUCCUGACCAAGAUCUCUUGUAUACUGUUGAAUUUUUUAACACACUAAGAUUUCCAGGAUUGCCAAACCAUAAACUAACAUUAAAAAUAGGUUUGCCUGUAAUGUUGCUUAGAAACUUGAAUCAGAAUGAAGGUCUUUGUAAUGGAACAAGACUCAUUAUAACAAGAUUGGCUACAUGGGUGAUAGAAGCAGAAAUCAUAACUGGCACUAAUAUAGGCAAACAUAUGUUCAUUCCAAGAAUAACAUUAUCUCCAAGUGAUUCAAAAUGGCCCUUCAUUUUAAAGAGACGACAAUUUCCAAUUUCAGUAUGCUUUGCAAGACUAUAA